UUUAGGUGAGGAGGUAGAAAAAGGCGAGUGUCCUAGAUAAUUAAGCAGAGGAGAGGUAAUGAUAGAGCGAGUGAUGACAUUGUCAGGUUAUUAAUAAGUUGGCAGGUAACCCGACGUCUUUCUUUUCUCUCUCUCUCUCUCUCUCGUCCUGUAACGUCAUUUCCUACUACUGCUAUUAUGGGCUGCCCUCUACACAGCACAACAAACAUUUCCCCGUAAGUCUUAUUCUUGCCAAUAAUGUGCAUUUGUUGCCUCCAGAAAUCAUUGUUCACCACCUGAAAUUGGGGGACAAGUGUGGACACUGCUAGUUUUAAUUCCUCCGUGCCAACCACAGUUAAAGGAUUUAUAUAUCUGCUACCACCCACACACAGAAACACGUUCCAUUUCUCACUGUUGACUAUCGAUGAAAUGAGAAACCAUUUUAAAAAAAAAACUGCCGAUCGCACUCACUAGAACCUUCUUCUUAUCUCCAUCAACUGCAGUUCAGUCUUUUAUUAUCAUUCUCUUAAUUUUUCAUUCUCUCUUUGUGUGUAUAUAUAUAUCUAUAUACAUAUAUAUGUAUAUAUAUAUAUAUAUAUAUAUAUAUAUAAUCACAUAUAAACACAUAGAAGGCACCACACAUUACACCGCACCGCGUGUUAGUAUCUCUGUGUAGUCCGUAAGGUGCCCCCGCCGCCAACGACAACACGGACACACCACGACCAACGUCUAAACAUUUCCACUUCUCUUUAGUGGACUUUAGUGUCGGUCUGUCUGUCUGUCCGUUUGUCUCUCUCUCUCUCUGUAUGUAAUGUACAUAAAUAUACAUACAUGCUAGCUUCUUCCUCCGUCACUUAUAUUGCCAGGCAAAGGUGGAAGCUGUUGUUUCCUUGUUUAAAUCUAAACGGUGGUGGUGCGUUAGAAGAGACAAAAACAGCCGCUUUAUUCCUUCCUACGCUUGCUAUUAAUGUUGUCUGUGACAACGAGCAGGUUUAACCAUCACAAACACCCAGUCAACAAACAACAGCUGAAUCAACCAUUAACCACAACCGCAGUGUGGGGGAAGUAUUAAUGAUAUUAGAGAGGAGGAAGAAGAACUAGGAGAAAGUAAGAGCAGAGAAAGCGGAAGAAAAUACAAGAAGGAAAAAGCCACACAUUAUCCGAGGACAUAGAUAUCGAUAGAUAUAUAUAUAGAUUACAUAAUAUAUAUAUAUAUCUACAGAAAUAUAUAUUUUAUAUUUAUUAAGCUUUGAAGAAACAUCAACUAUUUUGAACUUGGUGAAAUUAGUGGAGAACAGCGAUUAUUUUUUCUACAUCUUCUAUUACCUUCGUCUUCGUAUCACAAUUGGCCGUUGUGUGAAUCUUUAUGAGUAGGAAGUAAUCGCAAUAGUAGCACCACAUACACACUACCAGCACCAGUUCCAACAACGUCUCAGAAAAAAAAACAAAACAAGAAAAUUAAAUAAAUAUAUAUAUAUGUGAAAACAAUUGCUGCACCCCGGAGGGAGAGGUAAUAUAAACCAACCCCGAGUGAUAUCCAAAACCCUGAAUGACUCAGGCAUCAGAAUGUGACAAGGUACAAACUUAGAUCUAUCUAUCGGCCGAGAUAAGUAUAUUAUAUAUAUAUAUAUUUAUUUAUAUAUAUAUAUAUGAUAUUGAUAGCUAGUUUUGUAGAGAGAGGAUUUAAUCGAUCAGUUUCGACAUAGCUAAACAUUCGAGCGAGAGUGGAAAUCGAUCUUAACCUAAAAGCGAGACCUACCCAUACCUAUUUACACACACUGCUUCUCUUAUCACCUCUAUUACUCUCGUCUUUCAUCUGGCAUAUGUAGUUUAGUUUUAUUAGUUCGAAUCACGACUCUAAUCAGUUUUUUUUCCCUUGACUCCCUGAGUGAGUGAAAAAGAGAAAUCUAGUAAAUUUUCGUUGUCGGUAACAUCGUCCAUUUUUAACCCUGAAGACUUCAAGUGGACACCAGAGCUGAUCAGUGGUUCAAAAAUGAAGAAAAAGCCCAACCUUACACUACCUCCUUCCGUAGCGGAGCCCCAGAAUGACUGUUCUAACGAUAAAAAUACAACUGGCAUGGGUGCCAGCGUGGAGGAACUUCAACAAGGCAUUAUGGAGUUAGAUCUAGAUGAAAAACAGCGAAAACGCUUGGAAGAAUUUCUGAGGAAGAAGCAGCAAAUUGGAGAGUUGACAAUUGAUGACAUAGACAAAAUUGGGGAACUUGGUUCUGGCAAUGGAGGUGUGGUCCUGAAAGUGCGACACAAAUCAACAAAUCUGUUGAUGGCUCAUAAGCUAAUUCAUUUAGAAGUGAAACCCUCAGUACGGAAUCAGAUAUUUCGAGAACUCAAAGUACUUCAUGAGUGUAACUCACCGUAUAUAGUUGGCUUUUAUACGGCUUUCUUCUGUGAUGGUGAAAUCAAUAUAUGUAUGGAAUAUAUGGAUGGUGGUUCCUUGGAUUUGAUACUUAAAAAGGCAGGCAGAAUUCCUGAGCCAAUUUUAGGAAAAAUAACUAUAGCUGUUAUGAAAGGUUUGAAUUAUCUGCGUGAAAAGCACCAAAUCAUGCAUCGAGAUGUGAAACCUUCCAACAUUCUUGUCAACUCCCAAGGGGAGAUAAAGAUCUGUGAUUUUGGUGUCAGCGGCCAACUAAUUGAUUCUAUGGCAAAUUCUUUUGUGGGAACCCGAUCAUACAUGUCUCCUGAACGGUUACAAGGAACUCAAUACACAGUCCAGUCUGAUAUUUGGAGCGUGGGCCUAUCACUAGUAGAGAUGGCCAUUGGACGAUAUCCCAUUCCCCCACCAGACCCUGAACAUUUGGAUAGCAUAUUUGGUGAUAACUGCAUGGAAGAACAUCGGGAAGCUGCAAUGACCGGAAAACCUCUUAAAGGUUGUCCCGGGGGCUUUCAGGUGGUUACAGGUGAUGGCCCCUUGCCUAUGGCAAUAUUUGAACUGCUCGAGUACAUUGUACAUGAGCCACCACCUUCGUUACCAAAAGGAAAAUUCUCUCCAGAAUUCAUAGAUUUUGUGGAUAGAUGCUUGAAGAAAAAUCCAUCAGAAAGGGCAGAUUUACAGUCACUGAAGGACCAUCCAUUUGUGAGGAAAGCCGAGGCAGAACCUAUUGAUGUCGGAUAUUGGUUAUGUAAAGUGAUGGGCAUGGAUCCGGAACAACAAGGCUGAAGGCUGUUUUGAUUUCUUCUUCUCUCCCCUCUCUCUCUUCUUGGGCAAGGAUGGAACUGAAUGCAGCAGCAGUAGCAACAGCAGGGUCUGGUGUUGACUGUAGCAGCAGCAGCAGUGACAGUGGUGGUGGUGAUGGUGGUGGUGGUGAUGGUGGUGGUGGUGGUAGAUAUUGUAGUUAAAGUUAUAGUCGUAGUAGAAAGAAGUAUUAGUAGCAGCUAUCAUGAUGAUGAUGAUGGUGGUGGUGGUGGUGGUGGUGGUAGUAGUAGUUGUGGGGGUCAGUGAAAGGUAAGGAUGAGCAAUAUGGAAACAACAACAACAAUAGCUACAACUCCUGAAACUGUUUGGUAAACCACUCAGGAAUUCCUAAUGGUUUUUGUGGUUUGUGGGUGCAGCAGGUCACAUGACCUGUGCCUCACCCAACAUGGAGUUUUUUUUUUUUUUGUUUCUUUCUCUCUCUCUCUCUCUCUUCUCUCGUCUUCUACCUGAGAUCAAUAUCUGAGACUCUCCUUGCUGUAAUAAUAAUAAUUAUAAUAAUAGUAGUAGUAGUAACAUCAACAACAAUAAUAAUGAUUAGGUAAAAAAAAAUGAAUAAAUAAAUAAA